GCAAGUGGACGGUCUGUCUGUUAGGUUAAUUUCUUCUAGGGAGAGCCAAUUCUCACGGCGUUUCCAUUUUGAUCAGGUAGGCUUCAGAGGUUGGCUUGGCACCAACAAUCACCUGGCAGACAUCCUUGGUUAGGAAUUUGCAAGAAGAACUUGGCUGAGCCAAAAAGGCUUCCAGCUCCACCUGGCCAGCUUUGGUCUUUAGGAAGUAGAUGAGGGAGCAACCUUGAACCCUCUUUCAUGAGGCCAAUUCACAGACAGGAAAGCCCUCGAGGCAACCUUUUUCCCUACCAUCUUCAGAAGGAGAAGGAUGCAGCUGAACUCCGGAAGAAUUGCUUAAUCCGAUGAAGAACUUCUUCCAGAGGUCAACUUGAAAUUAGCCCUGAUUGCCUAGUGCAGGUGUCAGCAACCUGAAGCUCCGGAGCCGCAUGUGGCUCUUUGGGCCCUCUGCUGUGGCUCCCUGUCAGGUGAUCCCACCACUGGCUGGCUCCGCCCCUCAUCCUCCCCUCCCAGUCACUCCCCGCUUGGCCUGAGAAGGUUAGCAUCCAGAUUGCUGGUCUUGAAGACUUCCUUGAGCCAAAACAUUUUCUGAAAGGGACGUUUCCUCACCAGCAAAAUAAGACCACCAUCUCUUCACAAGGAAAAGUUCCUGUAAGGCCGACUCAGCUGAACUCGCCCCGGCUGCUCUUUCUCCGUAUUCCUGCUUUGAGCCUCGCUUGUUGACGGUCAUGGGAGAAUUGGAGAACACUACGGAUUACUUAGACUAUAUUUUCGAAGACCUCAUCCCUGUUAGAGACACAUAUAGCAAAAAACCCCAAAUAGACCCCCUGACAGUCGUUCAAGUGGUCGCUGCUGUCAUCUACAGCGUCACCUGCCUCCUGGGUCUAUUGGGCAAUGGUUUGGUCAUCGCCAUUAUCUUCAAGAUGAAGAAGUCGGUCACCACGAUCUGGUUCCUCAACUUGGCAGCUGCUGACUUCCUGUUCAACGUCUUCCUGCCCCUGAACAUCGCCUACACCGCCAUGGGCUUCCACUGGGUUUUCGGCAGAGACAUGUGCAAAGUCAACAAUUUGCUUCUCAACCUCAACAUGUACACCAGCGUGUUUCUGCUGACCACAAUCAGCUUUGAUCGCUGCAUUUUGGUGGUCUUCCCAGUCCAAUCCCAAAAGCGUCGGACCCCGACCAUUGCCUGGUUGCUCUGCAUCCUAAUUUGGGUGACUGGUUUUCUAAUGAGCUCCCCUUCCCUUGUUUUUCGAGACACCACAACCUUCCACGACCGCAUCCUUUGUUUUCACAACUUCUCCUUGUCCAGUUCUCCAAACGACACCGCCCUUGGCCACCAGAGACAUAAAAUGGUAACCAUCAUUCGCUUCUUGUUGGGGUUUAUCAUACCAAUGAUCAUUAUCACAGUAUGUUACAUUACCAUAAUUUUUCGGCUGAAAAAGAAUCGUCUCGCCAAGUCCAAGAAGCCCUUGAGGAUUAUUGUCACCAUUAUCACCACCUUCUUCUUGUGUUGGUGUCCAUACCAUACUCUCCACCUCCUGGAAACUGAUCACCACUCAGUUCCAAACAGCAUCUUUGAGAUUGGGCUUCCCCUUGUCACCGCGAUCGCUGCUUCUAACAGCUGCAUGAACCCCAUUCUGUACGUCUUCAUGGGCCAAGAUUUCAAGAAGUUCAAGGUAACCAUCCUAUCCAGACUGGCUAAUGCCCUGACCGAGGACACAAUCAAUUCGGUCCACUCAUUCUCACGCAAAAGCAUCACCAAAGCCAGUUCGAUGACUGAAAAAGAAUCAUUUUUACUCUGAGCUUUGGAACCCAACGUGGAUUACAGUAGAUCAUUGGUUUCCAGCAAUGGUCCAAAACUCCUCGUGGUUGCCUUCUUGGAUUACUCCAGUGGUUUCAGGAGAAACUUGACAUUGGCUUGGUGAAUCUAAGCCAAUGGUGGCUAUGUGAUUCUAAGUACACUCUUGUUUAUUCUUAUCACAGCUUUUUGAAGGUUAUGGCAUAAAUACCUGCUCCUAACCACAUAAACAAACUUCACGACAAAGGAAGGCCCAACGGUUGAACUUCAGCCUGCAAAGUCUUCACUGCAUCCUACAAAUUCUUGGCAAUAAGCAUAUUUUGAGCUCUGGGGGAAAUUGAGCACCCCCUUCACUGGUCUGAGAAUUGGGAAGCUUAGGUUUAACUCAUUUUAGACAGGACACCGAAACAGGUGUGUGUGUGUGUGUUUCCUAUUCAUUUGUACCUGUGUAAAUUCAGGUGUGAUUUCUCAUUCUAUCACCUUCCAUGUGAGCAGACAUGCAACAGGCUCGUUUUCUGCAAUCCCCAAUUUUCCCUGUGGAGAAUUUAAUUCUAGUAAAACAACUAUAACCACAACCCUUUCCUUCCACACUAUACAGGUUUUGUCCAGCAACUUUUUCUCUUUUGUUGACUUUUCCGUGAGAUUUCAUAGUCCACGAAUAAAUCUUUUCUCUAGGAGGUGGGCUGGGCAUCCCGUCUAUUCAAUUUCAUGCCCAGUUAAUUUGGGAAAUCAUUCAUUUCCUCCUUUUUUUCCUUUUCACUGAAUAGACUUAAAUCUGAGACGCUGAGCUAGAAUCCAGCCCUGGGUUUAUAGCUUGAUAAGUUACUAUUACUUAUCCCAAAUCUAACAAAAUCGCUUUUGAUAGUAUCUGGAAAGACACAGACUAUGGAACCUCUUCUUCUGUCCCCAAAAGGGUCAGGCAGAACAACUUCUCCACCUCUGGAAUAGAUCAACAAGGAUUUCUAACUACUGGUGGUUUACAAAAAUACCAUCAAAAUUAAAAGGAAGUUGUGUAAAUUUGCUGCAUCAGGAACAAUCUCUUGCAUGGAAGAAAUAGUCCCUGGUCUCAGAACACAGGCAGAGGCAUCCAACGAUCUUUUCCAGCUGGUGAAUCUUGAGGAUUUAGUAAAUAAAAGUAACUUCAACUAUUGGCAUGAGAGUCCAUUGCCCUCAGUCCAAGUCCUAGCAAUAUGGCGUGUGUUGAAAAUUAAUCUGUUGUGUCAGGUUUUCUACAAAUGAAAAAGUAUGUACCAGUAAUUGUUGUAGGUAACAUUCCUAACAAAUAUAUCUGUAUUUAAGAUAAGUUGGUUUUUUUUUUAACUUGGUAUUUCUAAAGAUAUGUGCUGAGUUUUUUUUUUCCAUAAGCAAUUUUGUAAGGUCCAUCUUUUAUAAAUGAAAAAUAAUAAAUUCCAAACAGUGA